UACUCUUUUUUUUUUAUUAUCAGUAUCUUAAAUCUUUUAUCUUUCGCGCGUGAACCUAACGAAUCGAACUGAAAGACGGACCUCUUUCCGGUUUAAGCAUAGUGAAGGUAUAUAUAAUAUACACUUGAAAGUUUUAUAUAUUAAUAAAAAAAAAAUAAUAAAAAACACAAGUGUAUGUCGCUAUAAAGAAAAUGGCUAUCAAAAGUUGAUGCAAAAAUCAAGGUGUCUAUUAGCAUUUGACAGGAAUGAUUUAAUGAAUAAUAAAUAAUUAUUAAAUAAAUAAAAAAAUGGAUUCGUUGCACGAGAUAAGUGCUGAAUUAAUGAAGCCAAUUAAAAAUUUGGUUGACUGGAAUUUCCCAAUGUCAGAGAUUCUUGAUAAAUACAAUGAAACAUUAGAUAAAAAACCAGAAGAAUUAAAAUUUGGUGAAGCAGCUCUUGUUAUACAAAAUUCUGCAAAUAUUUAUGAUAAAAGAAUUGAAUUACUUCAUAAUGAUACAUUAAAAUUAAAUAAAUCAUUUCAAGAAUGUGAAGAACAAAAUGAAUUGGAAAAAACUAAAACUAAAAAAGAACGUAAAAAACGUGAUGAAUUUAAUUUUGACAAUUUUGAAUACAUUGAUUUUUCAAAAGAUAUUGGUAAAAAUAUUAAUUUAAAAAAUGAAGAAAAUCAUUCAAUUGAAUUGUUACCAUCAAGAUAUCCACAAUUAGAAAAAUGUCCUAGUCAUAAUUUUUCAAUAAAUAUAUUUGACGUUAAUGGUGAUGUUAUUGGAAAAAAAUAUGAUUAUUUAUUAAAUGGUCAUGUAACAUCAUCAAAUAUGUUGGUUGAUGAAUUAACACCUGAAGAUUUUACAGAUGAUGAUGAUGAUUAUGAUGAUGACAAUGAUGAUAAUGAUAAUGUAAAUUAUGUAAAUAUAAAAAAUCAAAAAGAUGAAAUAUUAGCAUCAUCAAGUUAUUGUGCUAAUGAUUAUACAGAUGAUUUUAAUGAUUGUGAUGUAUUUAGUCCAUUUGCUGAAUCAGGAUAUGAAACAAUAAGUGAUACACCAAGUUCCAGAGGUAAUUCAUUCAAUGAAUCAAUUCGUGGUGAUGAUGAUGAUGAUCAUGUAUUUACACGCUCACCAUUGACGACUCAAUUAAAUUCACGUGUUGAGUCCGAAAUAAAUAAUUUAAAUGACAAAACAACAAUUAGUGAUGAAACAAUAUUAACAGAGGCAACAACAAGUACUUUAAAUCUUUUAAAAAAUUCAAAAACAAGAGAAUCAUUUGAAACUGAUGCUGGAUAUACAUCAGGUGAUCCAGAUGAUGUUAAUCAAACAUUACCAAAAAUAAUAAACAAUUCUGAUAAUAUAGAAAAUCAAUUUAAACAAUCUACUACUGAUCCUCCAACUGACGAUAAAAUACCACAAAAUAUAAAAGAAUUAUCAGAAAAAAAAUGUACUGACAAUCUUCGUCGUAGUAAACGACAAAAAGAUAAAAUUAUAAUAUCAUUUGAGCCAUUUCCAGUUACUGAAAUUCCUGAUGUAACACCAAAAAAUAUAUCUAAUAAAUUAGCAUCAUUAAAAACAAUAAUACAAUCAACAAAAAAAAGAAAAUCAACAGUUAAAAAUAUAAAACGUAAAAAAUUUAAACAACACAUUGAUAAUUCAGAUGAUAAUAAAUUAAAUAUUAAAAAUGAAAAUGAGCAAUUAUCAACAUAUAAAUUGUGUGAAAAAAAUAAAAAAGAAAUUAAACAAUAUGAAAAAUUAUUAAAAGAAAAAUAUAAUGAUUUAUAUGUUGCUGUUGGUAGUGAUGAUUUAUUAGGUUUUAAACUUCGUAUAACUGAAUCAGAAAAUAUUAAAAAAGAAAUUAAACAAUAUGAAAAAUUAUUAAAAGAAAAAUAUAAUGAUUUAUAUGUUGCUGUUGGUAGUGAUGAUUUGUUAGGUUUUAAACUUCGUAUAACAGAAUCAGAAAAUAUUAAAAAUAAAAACUGUUUAUUAGAGAAAAAUCAAAGCUCAACUCUAGAUGAUCCAGGUGGUGAUAUACUUUUUAAAACUCCAGGGAUACCAUGUUUAGAUGAUUCAAUAACACAAGAGUUUAAUGAUACAAUAAGUUUUAAUGACGAUUGUAUCAGUCCAUCACCAGAAGCAUCAUGCUCGUAUACACCACCACUAUCAUCACCACCACCAGAUUACGAUGAUAAUUCUGAUCAAUCAGAUGAUCCUGGUCCUGAUGAAUAUCAAGAUAUGACAUUAACUUAUGAAAAACGAAUUGAACUAAAAAUGAAAGAACUUCAAGAUGAUUUUGAUAGUAAAAAUGACAGAGUUAAUGAAACAUCACGAUGGUUAAAAACAAUGGAAAUUCUUAAAAUUGCUGAAAAACGUCCAAUAUUUCAUGUACAUGAAUAUGGAAAUAAAAUUAUUAAAAAUUUAAAACGUUCACAUGAAAAUCGUCUUAGUUUUGAUGAUAUUGUGACAACAGAAGAGCCAGAAGAUAUUGCAAGAUUAUUUUUAGCUUCUCUUCAUUUGGCAAAUACACAUGAAGUGGAUAUUCAUGUUACCACAAAUAAUAGUUUAAGUAAUGUAGAUUUAAGACUAAAAAGUUCAAAUAGUUCAUUAUAAGAACAUCAGAGUGGUAUUGUUUUUU